CCAUCCUUAUUGAGGCGUUUCUUUUCAAAUUUAUCUCUUUAAUGUCAGAUUCAUUUUAUUCUUAUCAAAUUGAAAAGAAGGCAGAAAUUCGUAGCAGAAAUGGUGAAGUGUUGCAAAAUGCCAAAGGAGAUGAUGGUGCAUGUCCUAUCAAGAUUGCCUCCCAAAUCGCUGGUCCGAUUCAAGUGCGUCCAUAAAUCAUGGUCUGCUCUGAUCAACAAUUCUUCGUUUGUAGGCAAGCACCUCCAGUUGUACAACCAACUUUGCUCCUCCACUAGCAUCUUUCUCAAGCGUUCUGUCAAAAGUAGAACCGGAACUAACAAUGAGGAAAUUCUACUUUCAUUCUUUAAUCUUCGCAAGGAUAACGGUGACGAUGAUGACCUUAAUCCUAUUGUGGAGGACUUUCAUUUGCCGCCUUCUAUAGGAAUACUUGGUAAAGGACCAUUUAUUGAGGUAGAACCUGGUGAAUCUAUAUAUAUAGUAGGUCAUUGUGAGGGGAUCAUUUGCCUUAUUAUUUAUACCGGUGACCUUGUCUUAUGCAAUCCUGCAACCAAGGAAUUCAAGAUUCUUCCCGAGUCGUGCCUUCAAGAUACGACCUCAGAGAUUGUUGGAUUUGGCUAUGAUCCCAAAGCUAAUGAUUUUAAAAUUGUCAACAUUGGAUCUUGCGGUGAAGAAAGUUAUGGUGAGCGUCUUGUUAUUAAUCCUCCUAAAGCAGAGGUAUACACUCCAAGUACUGAUUCUUGGAGAAACAUCACCAUUGAUUAUUUAGAAACAGAAACUACCAACUUUUGGCCUGAUGUUUUCCAUGAGUACUUCAAGGGAAUUUGUUAUUGGUUAGGACAUGAGCAAAAUAAGGAAUUCAUCGACACAAUUGAACAGGAAAUCAUUAGGCAAGUGAUCGUUUCGUUUGAUAUGAGUAAUGAAAGGUUUCAUAUUAUAUUGCUGCCAGAUAGAUUUUAUAUACCAUCAGUGCUUAUUAAGCGUGAUUUGCACAUUGCAGUUUGGAAUGAAUCCAUUGUUCUUUUUAUCUUUCAAUUUUAUGGUUCGAGUUAUGAAGAGUAUUCAUUUGAUAUAUGGGUGAAAGAUGAGUAUGGUGAUACUCGCGGUUCUUGGACAAAACACAUAACCAUUGAGCCUAUAGUGGGCCUUGCAUUGCCAUUGACAUUCUGGAAGAGCGAUGAGUUUAUUAUGGUUGCCCCAGAUGGACAUAUAGUCUCCUACAAUCUUCAUACCCAAAAAUAUAGGCAUCUACCGCUUUUCAUGGCAUCUAUCCAGGAUAUUUUGAAGCUGUUAUUUGUGUGCAUAGUAUAGUUUCAAUCAAGGGGGGUAAUAAGAUUGAGAACAAAGAAUUUUAGUUUCUCACUAUAUCAAUUGCCCGUAGGCUUGAUUGAUGUUUCCUGAUCGAUAAGAAUACAUGUACGUUGAGAAUCAAAUUUCCAGUUAUCCCAAGGAGUAGCUUAGACAAUUCAAUUUUUGUGACCUAUAAUUUUCUUUAUUGUUUGCAUUUUUUUUCCCAUUCAAUUAUCAC